CGUGGCUAAAGAUACUACGGAGGCCCGCCGGUUCAUGGCGUACUGCCCCGCGCAGGACAUCCUGUUCCCUGAUCUAAAUGUCUACGAACAUAUAUUCUACUUCGCAGCGCUCAGUGGCGUUCCAGCAAAGAAAAUCGAGCAGUCAGUCGAGCAAGUGAUCGUGCUGGCCCAACUUCGAGCACUCUCUCAUAGAUUGGUCGGCAAGCUUGCGGCGGGAGCCAGGAAGCAACUCAGCAUCGCCAUCGCGGCCAUAGCCAGACCCAAGGUGGGCACCGGUUAGGGG